CACCACGGUCUCGCCCCCGUCGCUUGUCCAUCACUGGACGGAGAGAUCCCUUUAAUUUGAUAAGGUGGCUCUUUAAACGCCAAUAAAACAGAAAAACAGUCAAUUUCAAGACUCUCAGCUUAAAUGAUGGCGAAGCUGCAGGCCUGUUUGCAGCCUCACAACCACCGUUUGCUAGUCGGAUAGAGAGGACUUUGAGUGACUGCAGGAUUGCGCCUUGCUAACGUUACGCAGCUGCUGUCUGUAACCAAAGCUAGUCGGCUAUCUAACGUUAGCUGAAGCGGCUCCGCUUUGCCAUAUGAUAUUGACGCUCAGUGUACAGGGACAAACCUGGGCAGACAGCGACUUGCUCCGCUAAAUAGCCCAAUACCGCUGACAUGGACAAAGAAGAAGCAGACCGGCUGAUAGAGAAGGCCAAGCUGUGUUUACGGUCAGGACGGAAAGAUCGGGCGUUGCAGCUGCUAUAUGAGGCGCAGAACAUUUACCCCAGCACCCGGGCCAGAGUGCUGAUAGAUGCCAUACUGAGAAAUGGAGGCGGUGCCGCUCCAGAAACAAACCACGUGCCCCCACCGACAGGAUGGCGAGAUGAGGACAUUGGAACCAGUGAAACAAAUAAUGCAAGUGGUGACGAGAAGAAGAGCUACACCGAGGAGCAGCGCCAAGGGGUUCUCAGGAUAAAGAAUUGUAAGGACUUUUAUGAGAUUCUCGGUGUGCACAAAAGUGCCAGCGAUGAAGAUUUGAAGAAGGCCUACAGGAAGUUGGCCCUGAAAUUUCACCCUGACAAGAACUUUGCUCCGGGAGCCACAGAUGCUUUCAAAGCAAUAGGUAAUGCAUAUGCAGUGCUGAGCAAUCCAGAGAAGAGGCGGCAGUAUGAUCAGUAUGGAGAUCAGUCUGCAAGUAUGAACGCACCCCAGCAAUCCACCCACAGUCGGCACGGACACUACCGCAGCUUCCACAGGGACUUCGAGGCCGACAUUUCCCCCGAGGAGCUCUUCAACAUGUUCUUCGGAGGAAGGUUUCCCACAGGAAAUAUCCACGUGUACACCAACCAGGGAGCCUCCUACUCUCAGUUUUAUCAGCCUCGUCGUCGACGUGCUCAUGAAAGGCGCGAGGAGGUGGUGGAGGAAAAUCAGAGUCAGAACACCUUCACAGCUCUUCUGCAGCUUCUCCCCGUGUUGGUGCUAAUCCUCAUAUCAGUGUUUACUCAGAUGAUGGCCACUAACCCACCCUACAGUCUCUUCUAUAAGCCAGCCAUGGGGCUAGUGGUGUCCAGGGAAACGCAGCACAUGGGUGUACCAUACUAUGUAGACAAGGGUUUUGAGAAGGAAUACCGUGAAUCAGACUUGGCAAACCUCGGACAGCUGUACCGAGACGACCGCUUAAAGCAGAAGGCGGAGACAAUGAGGCUGGAAAACUGUGAGAAACUGCAUCGAUUGGUUGGGCGUCAGAGAGGAAAAUAAGGACUGUCGGAGAGGAGAAAGUGUUUCUUUACAGACUUUACAAUAAUGUAUUUUACCUAAGUGUGUAAUUUAUCCAAUCUGGCCACUUUGUGAAGAAAUCUCUUUGGGUACAGCACAGCCAGUGGGAGAUCAUGCCGCUGGGAACGAUGUGCCUUCUCUCCUCGUGUCGAUGGUAGAAAGUGAAGUUGCAUGUUAGCUGCCGGCCCUAGCUGUGGUGGUAGGUGCGCAGUCACUGUGGAAGCGUGAACGACGUCUCAGAGCCUUUAAACUUUCUUAUAGAAAUGGCAUGACAUAAGGGGGCUCCCUUUGGGGUUACAAAGGCAGUUGUAUGUUCACACAUACAUGUUUUAUCUGGUUGGGUUUUUUUAGUUCACCUGUAUUUAUUUAGGAUGUUUCUGUGUCCUUGCUCAAAUUUUAGGUGUAUUUAUUUAGUAGAUGAUAGAAGAAACAUCCAUUUUUCUUUCCUGUUAGAAAUGAAGUACAGUGUACUGUAGUCUUUUAUUUUUAGUCUGCAACAUUUUAUUUAUGAUUGAAACAUAGACAAAUCACUCAUUUGGACCUCGAGCAAUAGGAGGCACAGUAAUAUUUUACAGAAUAUGCUGUUUUCUGUUUGUGCUGCCAAAAAAAGGAGCUGCUUCCUACAGCAGAGCUUCAGGCUCCCUGCGUCAGCGCUUGCAUAGGUGUUUAUUGUGUUGGUCAUUUAGAAAUGGCAUUUCAGCC